GAAUGUGUCCUGCAGGCCGACACACGUUCAUGUGAGCAGAUAACAAACCUCCAACAGACUUCGACUGCAGUCUGACAGAAAGACACAGAGCUGCUGAGAGGACAUGAGAGGAUACAGAGCCAUCAAGUACACUUUGUUCAUCUGCUGCUACGUCUUCUGGGUUGUGAGCGCCAUCCUCACAGCGGUUGGAAUCUACGCCAAGAUUGCCAAGGAGAAAGAUGUGGUUGACACCCUGACAUUGGAGCCAGCUCUGCUGUUGAUCAUCGUCGGCUCUGUGAUGUUCCUCAUUACGUUCCUGGGGUGUUUUGGGGCGCUGCGUAACGCCAUUUGCCUGCUGAAAGCGUUUCUGGGGAUCCUGGUGGCCGUCCUCCUCCUGCAGGUCGCUGCUGGAGUCGUGGGAUACCUCUUCACUGACAUGGUGAUGGAGAGGACGGAGAAGCUGAUGAUGAAAGCCAUCGUCCGCUACAGGGAGGACCACGACCUGGAGAACGCCAUCGACUUCAUCCAGAAGAAGUUUCAGUGCUGUGGAGUUGAGAGCUAUACGGACUGGUCCCACAACGCCUACUUUGAGUGUUCAGACACAAACCCCAGUCUGGAGGUCUGUGGAGUUCCUUUCUCCUGCUGCGUUCGCCUACAGAACCAGACGGUGCUGAACACCAUGUGUGGUUAUGGGAUGCAGCAGCUGAAGGAGGGUCCAGCCGCUCAGGACAUUUUCACCAUCGGCUGCCUGGAGAAGAUCGUCUCAUGGGCCAAAAACAACCUGCUGCUGGUGGCCGGACUAACUGCCGGCCUGCUGCUGCUCGAGAUCUGCAUGAUCUGUCUGGCUGCUGCUCAGAUCUCCAGGAUAAAAAAAGUCCAACAACUCAAGAAGGAAAUCGAAAUUCAAAGCCGAUCUGAAAGAAAGGACAGCUACUGGCUUCCUGCUUUUGCCGACUUUGAUGACGAAUGAAAUCUGUUUCUGAGGUCUGAAGCUGAUGGAGGGGACGGAUUCCUUCUCACUCUGGGUCAAAUAAUAAACGGCUGAUUGUUGAUCAGAUGGGUCGAGACAA